UACUGGAAACGUGCAGAACUUCCUCUUUUCUUAUGCGGUGCAGGUGCUUUCUCUCGUUCUUUUGUGCUCAAUUCGGUCCUGCCUAUAUUGUCCCGCUGCCGAACUUCACUUCCCUGUUCCUACCCCUCCUGGUGCUCGGCGGUUUCAAAUGGGGACCUCCACUAGUCCCGAGACCCAGCGUGGAUCUUCGUCGCCGGAUGCGGAAGACAACACCGGCAUUAUACUGGGUACCGGCUACUUUCAGAGAACCACGCUCCUCUUCGCAAGUGUUGUUGCCCUUGUGCUGGGUCUCAACGAUUUCCUUCCUCUGCUGGCCGUACCUGAGGUGGAUUACUGGUGCGCUUCAUCACAUCAGGUCAAUGUCAGUGAGGGGAAGAACAUGAGCAUACCAGUCCAAGAGAACAACAGCCAAUGCUACAUGUCCGAAGGUUCUCUCGAGGCAAACCAGAGCGUUAUCCCAUGCACUGCGUGGCACUACGAUCACACUCUGCACUAUCUCACAGCCGUUGAAGAGUGGAACCUCGUUUGCAACGACUCCUGGCUCGCUCCGACAUCGACUGCGGUAUACAUGCUUGGCUCGGCUGUUGGCACUGCAGCUAUGGGAUUUCUGUCUGAUAGCAUCGGCCGGAAGCCUGUUUCCUGCAUUGGAUCCGUAGCAACACUGUUGCUCUGCGUAGCCGCCAUCAACACAAAGACCAUACAGGCCUUCAUCCUGAUAAGGUUCCUUAGUGGUGCUGCGAUAAGUGGUACUGGCAUUACCAUUUAUGUGCUCAUUCUAGAAGUAAUUCCUACCUCGAGGCGAGCUCUCUACGCGUUCGUCAUGUGGAGCGGGUACUCUUGCGGUAUGACCACCAUUAGGACAGCCGAAGGGUUCCACGUGGCUUGGCGGUCCGUCCAAUUUGGAAUGAUAAUACCAACGGCGUUGCUGCUCUUCGUUUUCGCGGUGCUUGAAGAAUCUCCGAGAUGGCUUAUCUCUCAGUGGGACCUGGCUAAUGCCGAGCGGACGAUCCUGAUCAUUGCUAAAAAGAACAAGAGGAAGAGAAGUGAUGCCCUCGACACCUGGAACAAAAACAAAGUUGGACUCGAGCUGGCAGAAGAGAAUUACUCUUCAACGCUAAAGGUGAAUCUCACAAGGGUACUGCUCACCCGACAACUGCGAUGCUCGAAUAUCAUUCUUUGUUUGUCGUGCUUCGCCAUCUCCUUCACAUUCUUCUCGAUGACGUUCAACACGGAAGAUACUCUGCAAAUCGUCGUCAUGGGCGGCAUCGUUGCUGGGAUUCCUCCGGAUAUCGCCGCCUACAUCGGCAUGGAACAUUUGGGCCGCAAACCAACUUUAGUAAUCGCUCUUCUUCUAACAGCGUUAAGCUGCGUCGCCGAACUCAUAUUACGUGACAUUCAGAAGACUCUUUGGAAUAUGGUCACUUUGGGCCUAGGGUUAUUCUUCUCCGCGGUGGCCAUGAGAGUUGUGUCGCUCUACGUCAUCGAAGUGAAUCCUACGUCAGUAAGGACAAUUGCAGUCUGCUGCCUUGGAGUUUGUGGAAGGACAGGAUGUAUCCUGGCUGCUUACUCUCACGAACUGUCUCGAGCAACUCCUCGUGCGAUGCCCUUUGUGUUGUACGCAAUGGGCUGUUCUCUUGGAGGAGUCUUCGCUACUCUACUUCCAGAGACAAGGUCUGUCCGUUUGCCCGAAGCCGUCAGGAAGGAAGAUGUCUACGUGAUAGCGCCUCUCCAGGUUCACCGACGGAGAAAAGGCAGGAAGAGCCCAGAAAGACGGGGCGGAUCUCCACCAUCGCUGAGCUCGGAGUACCAGAGGUCGUCCCCCCUUGUUAUACAUAGUGUGGACGAAGACGUCGAUUUCAGGGACAUAGUGUGCCGGUCAACAGAAAGUACCGGAAUGGCCCUCUAGUUGUACCUUGCAAUGUUCACUGUGUAUCGAACGAAGAUAUUUGAUGAAACAUAUUUUAUAUGUC